UCGUGGUCAAAAUGGCUUCCCCUCAGAAGGUCAGAGCUCUCCCUAACGUCCUGAUUACUGGAACCCCCGGGACUGGUAAGACUCUAACAGCAUCUCAAGUUGUUGAGAGGACAGGAAUGAGCCAUUUUAAUGUGAGUGAGCUGGCUAAAGAGGGAGGGCUUUAUGAAGGAUGGGACGAACAGUUUCAGUCAUAUAUAUUAGAUGAAGAUAAGGUUGUUGAUGAGUUGAAUGAUUCUCUUGUCUCAGGUGGUUGUAUUGUUGAGUAUCAUGGCUGUGAUUUUUUCCCCGAGAGAUGGUUUGAUGCAAUAUUUGUCCUGAGAACAGACAAUGCACUUUUAUAUGAUCGUCUUAUGAAAAGAUGCAUUGAAGUUUUUGAGUCAAUUGCAGCUAUUAUUAGUGAGAUAACUGCUGCUAAA